AUGACGGUCACCUACACGGCCAGAGUCGCCAACGCCCGGUUCUGCGGCUUCUCCAAGCUGCUGCUGGCCUGGAAGGGCAGCAUCUACAAGGUUCUGUACAAGGAGUUCCUGGCUUUUUUUGCCAUGUACUCCGCCAUCAGCAUCACCUACAGAUUUUUCCUGGAUGAUGACCAGAAGAGAUAUUUUGAGAAGCUGGCCAUUUAUUGCAACCACUACGCCAGCCUCAUCCCCAUGUCCUUCGUCCUGGGUUUCUAUGUGACCCUGGUGGUGAACCGCUGGUGGAGUCAGUACACCAGCAUCCCGCUGCCCGACCGGCUCAUGUGUGUUUUGUCCGGCGGUCUCCAUGGCAACGACGAGCGCGGCCGGUUGCUACGGCGCACGCUAAUGCGCUACGCUAGCCUGUCGGCGCUGCUCAUCCUGCGCUCCGUCAGCACCGCCGUCUUCAAGCGCUUCCCCACCAUGGACCACGUGGUGGAGGCGGGAUUCAUGACCAGAGAGGAGCGGAAGAAGUUUGAGGGCCUCCACUCGCCGUACAACAAAUACUGGAUCCCCUGUGUGUGGUUCACCAACCUGGCAGCCGCCGCGCGCUGCGAGGGGAGGAUUAAAGACGACCACACGCUCAAGCUCCUGCUGGAGCCAGUUGGUCUCAAAAUCGUCAUCAUCUUCUCCAAACGGGUUAAUCAGCUGCUCUGCCACCUGCAGGGCAAACAAGUUGGGGGGGGGUUAAGGGGGGUUAACUGUCUAGUCCUGUUCACAAGUCGGAAAACAAACUUUGGAGCCUGUUAG